ACAGCUGUAGGCCACUAAAAAUAUAAAUAAAAAAAAUUAAAAAAGUGAAAAUCGGAAAUUAAAUGGCGGGCGGUUGAAUGAAGCCGAACGAAUAUUUUGAGGUUAGCAAUUUCUUUCCAAAGGAAUGAAGAAAAUGAUAUACAGUUAUUUGCCACACAUUUUUUAAUUGUUAAGUUCAUGACUUGUCUUUCGGGAACUGAUUCAGAAGCUUCGCGAUUUUAACAUGUGUUCUGCGGGAAGAAUUCGAAGACUGAAGAAAUGUGUGGUAGAUAAAAUAGCUGCAGGAGAAGUGAUACAACGUCCUGCCAAUGCGAUUAAAGAGCUGAUAGAAAACUGUUUGGAUGCAAAGGCAACAAGUAUACAAAUAACAGUUCAGUCUGGAGGUCUUAAACUAAUUCAAUUGCAAGAUAAUGGCACUGGAAUUCUUAAGAACGACUUGGAAAUUAUUUGUGAACGUUUCACCACGAGCAAGUUAAGUGACUUUGACGACUUGGCUACAGUUAGCACCUAUGGCUUUCGCGGAGAGGCACUGACAAGUAUUAGUCAUGUUUCACAUCUUACUAUUAAGACAAAAGUUGCUGAAGAAGACUGCGGCUACAAGGCCGUCUACCUUGAUGGCAAACUCGUUGGGAAGCUAACACCUUGUGCAAUGAAUCAGGGUACUCAGAUCACUGUUCAAGAUCUGUUUUACAACGUUCCUUCAAGAAGUAAGGUCCUGAAAAAUGAGAGUGAAGAGUUUUCAAGAAUAUGGGAUGUUGUUUCCAGUUAUGCAGUUCAUAAUGCCCAUGUUGCAUUCACACUUAAAAAGCAAGGUGAAAAUGUACCAGUUAUAAGAACGCAAGGCACUAACAACCCAGUAGACAACAUACGAACCAUACAUGGAAAUAACGUAGCGAAAGAACUUUUAAUGUUUGAAGAGAACAGUGAGCUCUUGAACUUUAAAGUGAAGGGUUAUCUAACCAAGCCCAAUUACUCUGCAAAAAAAUUAACGGUGUUACUAUUUGUCAAUAACAGGCAGGUAGAAUCCACAGGUAUCCGCAAGGGUGUCGAGGAGGCCUACCGCUACUACUUCGAGAAAGAUUGCCAUCCAUUCUUCUACAUUAAACUUGACGUUGAUCCAAGGAUUGUGGAUGUAAACGUUCAUCCAACCAAACACGAAGUUAUCAUCUUGCACGAGAGAGCUAUCGUAGACAAGAUAAAAAGUUGUGUUACGAAGGCGUUGUCGUCGGAGGCCGGGGAUAGCUUGCACUACACGCAGGCCUUGUUGCCGGGUGCGUCCGAGCCGCCCGUCGCUGCUGCCGACAAACCUAAGCUGGCACCGCAGCACAUGGUCCGCACAGACAGCACGGCACAGACACUCGACAAGUUUGUGGUUGACGUGAGGGAUGCUACUAGCAGCACCAACACCACACCCGUGCCGAAAAAACAAAAUUCAUCGCAAAGACGUGAAAUCCGCCUGACAAGUGUUCUGGAACUUAAAGAGGACAUCCGAAGUAAACUUCAUGUUGGCCUCAGGGAUAUUGUCAAGAACUCUACCUUCGUGGGUUGCAUCAGCCCCAGACAAGCAGUCAUCCAGCACGAGACGAAGCUGUACCUUUGCAACACCGAACAGCUGAGCCUCGAGAUGUUCUACCAGAUCAUGGUGUACGACUUCGGCAACCUGGGUCUGUUGCGAUUCGAGCAACCCAUUUCGCUGAAGGACCUCGCGCGCAUCGCGGUGGACAGCAGAGAAUUCGGCUGGAAAGAAACGGACGGCACGAAAGAAGACGUUGCCGAGGGAGUCGCGGAUCUCUUGACGCAACACGCGGCCAUGCUGGAAGAUUAUUUUUCCACGGUGAUCGAUCCCGAAGGCCGUCUGCAGGGCAUUCCGCUGCUGUUGGACGGUUUCUGCCCGGACGAAGGCGGUCUCCCCACGUACGUGGUACGCCUGUCGCGCAACGUCAACUGGAAAUCCGAGAAGAAGUGCUUCGAAACGUUUUGCAGAGAGACUGCGAGGUUCUACAGCGAGCAGUUGGCGAUGGGUUGGGCCGCGGCAGAGGUGCUGGACAAGGCGAGGCCUGCUGAGACGACCAGGAGCCACUGGUCGUGGGUGGUGGAGCACGUGGUCUACCCGGCGCUCAAGCGCUGCCUGCUGCCGCCCAAGGAGUUCGCUGAGAACGCCACCAUCCUGGAGAUUGCCAACCUGCCCCAAAUAUUCAAAGUGUUUGAGCGAUGCUGACGUUCUUGCAUGCUGAUGCUUGCGCCAAUUUUCUUUGUGUUGAAAUGUAAAAUAUUGAAGAUACAAUAAACAAAUAAUGUACAAAAGUA